AUGAAAUCUCAACUUCCUCCAUUAACAACAAGAAUCAUUGAAAUUACUUGUGCCAUUGUUUGGUGUUUAUUAGCAGCAGGUCCAGUAUUUGGGUUUGCAGCAAUUAAACCAAUAUUUAUAUCUCAACAUAUUUAUGAAAAUAAAUGUGAUUUAUCAACAACAACAACAACAACAACUUCAACAACAACAUCAUCUAAUGAAGCUAAAUGUGUUGAACAAGAUUUAUCAUUGAAUUUUUUAUUUACUAUUGCUUGUAUGGUGACUAAUAUUUCCGCAUUACCAGUAGGAUCAAUAUUAGAUUCUUAUGGACCUAAAAUUACUGGGAUUAUAGGAUCUAUUUUAUUAAUGUUAGGGUCAUUAAGUUUAAAAUUUGCUUCAAAUUUUGAUAAUAAUAAUUAUUAUCAUAAUUAUCAAUUGAUUAAUUUUUUUGAUGGUUAUUUAAUUGGUUAUACAUUAUUAGCACUUGCUGGACCAUUUGUAUUUAUAUCUUGUUUCCAAUUAGCUAAUUGUUUCCCACAAAAUUCCGGUUUAAUAUUGGCAUUAUUAACUGGAGCAUUUGAUUCUUCAUCAGCAUUAUUUUUAUUUUAUCGAUUAUAUUAUAAUAAUAUUUCAUCAAUUUCUAUUAAUAAAUUUUUCUCAUUAUAUUUAAUUGUUCCAAUAUUUAUAUUUUUAUGUCAAAUAUUUAUAAUGCCUAAAGAUUCUUAUAAAACAGUGGGGACAUUAGCAAAAAUUGCUGAAACUGGUAUUGAUGAAACUGGUAAACCUUUAAAUAAUAAUUUAUUAACUUUAGAAGAUCGUGAAAGAAGAAAUCUUGAUUCAGCUAUAAUUGAUGUUACAGAAUAUUAUCAACCAACUAUAUCUGAAACUACUUCAUUACUUAUUAUGAGAAGAGCAUCGACAUCGGCAUCGACUCCAACUCCAACUCCAACUUCAGCUCCAACAACAAGUCGAAGAGAAUCAACGGCACUGAGAAUAUCAUAUAAUUCAAUUAAAUCUCAUUAUGAACAAGAAGCUGAUUCUAAAUUAAUUUAUUCAUCGGGUGGAGUAUUUGGAAUUUUACAUGGUUAUUCAAUUAUUGAACAAUUAAAUUCUGGUUGGUUUAUAUUAAUGACAUUAUUUACUACAAUUCAAAUGUUAAGAAUUAAUUAUUUUGUUGCCACAAUUAAAUCACAAGAACUUUAUUUAUAUAAUGGUAAUGAAGAAUUAGCCACCAUAAUAAAUCAUUUUUUCGAUUUAGCAUUACCUUUAGGUGGAUUAUUUUCAAUUCCUUUUAUUGGAUUAAUAUUAGAUAAUUUAACUACAUUAACUAUAUUAUAUAUUUUAACUGGACUUUCAUUAUUUAUUGGAAUUGCUGGUUUAAUAUCAUCUUGGUUACCAGCAACUUAUUCUGGUAUUAUAGUUCUUGUGAUAUAUAGACCAUUUUAUUAUACUGCAGUAAGUGAUUUUUGUGCUAAAGUAUUUGGUUAUGAUAAUUUUGGUACUAUUUAUGGAACUAUUAUUGCUUUUUCUGGAAUAUGUAAUAUUUUACAACAAGUUAUGGAUAAAGCUACUCAUAAAUAUUUUAAUAUGAAUCCAAGUCCAAUUAAUACUUUAUUAGUUAUAUUAACUGCAAUUUUUGGUUUUGCAUUAAUAAUAUAUGUUAAAUCAAAAGAAGCUCAUAUUAAAAGGAAAAAUUUAGAAAUGGAAGCUCAAGAUGCUUCAAAUAGGCCCGUACCAGUAUAA